AUGAGAAUAAAGGUCAAAACCCCUGAAACACUGGUGGCUCUAACUUUAGAGGACGUACCGCUCCUGCAGUUCAUUGACGCAAUUACGCAACUUGAUGAGAAGAGGCGCCCAGUGGAGAAAUUGGAGGUCGGCUUUCCGCCGAAGCCUGUUGAUCUCAAGCUUGAUACCGUCAUCCUGGAGGUUGGAAUAAAAAAUGGCGAUAUGGUCAGGGUAUCUUUUGGCUUUAUUCCCGACAUUCCUUAUGUACAGCUUGUUCCCAAUAAAAGCUUUAUAAUGUUGAGAAACAUUCCCGACGAUAACUCUUGUAUGUUCUCUGCAUUUCUGUUUGGAAUGGGUGAGGGCUUUCUGGUCACAGUAAGUGAAUUGCGUCAAAUUGUCGCAGUCCAUAUCAAUAACAAUCCUAGUAUAUAUACUGCGGUUGUCCUUGGUCGAGAUCCUCGUGAAUAUUGUGCAUGGAUCACAACAAAGGAUGCAUGGGGAGGAGCAAUUGAGCUUCAAAUUCUUGCUGACUGGUUCCAAGUUUCUGUUCAUUGUGUGGAUGUUGAGCUGGCUAAUGUAAUUCUGUUUGAAGGGAAAGACGCCACAAUGGAGAUGUACUUGAUAUAUAGUGGGGUGCAUUACGAUGCUGUGGCUGAAAACAAUCAAGUAACUGAUUCCAGGGAACGAGACGUUCGCCAAUGGAACGUGGGAUCAGUUGACGUGAGAGAUGCAACCAUAAGGCUUGCCAAAGAGCUUCAAAGCAAGGAUUAUGCUAUCAAUCUCACUCGAUUCAGGGUUCGUUGCUUAGAGUGUUACGAGAUUUUCGUUGGCGAGGGAGGAGCUCAAAAGCACGCUAAUGACUCGGGACAUAUUAGAUUUGGUAAGUUACCCCGUUCGGUGGAAUUGCUUCAGGACUUCACUGAUAUCACGCCCGAUCCAAAGGCCACUGCAGAAUGUCGUAAAGCCCUUUACAGUUCCGACGGCAGCCGAUUUGCUUACACUCAACCGGAUGCAGUGUACGUCUUCAACACCUCUGGUAAGGCCAGUCUCCAUACCAAAGUAGAGGUUGCUGAGGUUAUGGACAUUAUGUUUUCACCCAAGGGCACAUACUUAGUGAUGUGGCUGAAGCCUAUCCUUCUCGACCGCGAGCUGGGUAAGUGGAGUGAAAAUGUUUUCGUGUACAACUUGCACACGCUCCAGGUUAUUUGCAAAUGGUCCAAAAACCAGCAAAACGGGUGGAAGCCCCAGUUCACUGCAGAUGAAUCGGUAUUAGUAAAAGGUCAUCAGGGAAACAAAGAGAUCCACUUUUACGAGAUUGAUGCGAAUGUGACCCAAAUCACUCUUUCGCAGCCGAGUCACAAAUACAAAGUGAAUGACCCGCAGGCAACUUACAAUGCCUUUGAAGUGUCCCCAGGGAAGAACCCUGCUAUUGCCAUUUUCAUUCCGGAACAGGGCGGUAAACCAGCGCUGGUUUGCGUCUAUAACAUCCCUUCAUUCAAACAGCCAAUCUGUCUGAAAAACUUCUUUAAGGCAGAACGGUGUCAACUUCAAUGGAAUACCUUAGGGACUGCUCUUCUUGCAUUGGCUCUGAUUGACCACGACACCACGAACCAACUGUAUUACGGAGAAACAAAUUUAUACUUGUUAGGUAUUGCUGGUUCGUAUGAUUCUCGGAUCACCUUGGACAAGGAAGGUCCUAUUCAUGACAUCACCUGGUCACCACUGGCACGCGAAUUUGCUGUAUCUUAUGGGUUCAUGCCAUCUCUGACCACGUUCUUUGAUGCUCGAGGGUCGGCGAUUCACCUGAUGCCCAUGGCUCCUAGAAAUACUAUCAGAUACUCACCUCACGCUCGGUAUGUGUUAGUUGCAGGUUUCGGAAAUUUGCAGGGCACGGUUGAUAUUUACGAUCGUCAGAACAAAUUUUCGAAAUUGGUGACAUUCCAGGCCCCUAACACCUCAGUUUGUGAGUGGAGUCCUUGCGGUCGGUUCAUUUUGACUGCGACAACUGCCCCUCGGUUACGGGUGGACAAUGGGCUUAAGGUGUGGCAUGCUUCAGGUCAGCUUAUUUACAUGAAAGAGUAUCAAGAACUUAAUCAAAUUGGGUGGAAACCCCAAUCUAUUGACUCGUUCCCCGCUCUCAGACUGCUUGAGCCAGCACCUCCAGCACAUUUACUGGCUCAAGAGUGGUUGAGCAAACGCGCUGAAACCCAGCUGACCCAAACUGCACGCCCGGCAGGCGCGUAUCGUCCACCGCAUGCCCGGAGAACCGGCGCGCCAGCAGCGACGUCGUCUUUGUAUGAGAAGGAGCAACAAUCUUUGCGUAACGCAAAGGUUGGUGUCAACCCUAUUAGUGGGCGCCCCCGAGUAGUACCAGGCGCGCCGAUCACCGAGCCACAAGAACUGAAGCAGGCUGCUAAGAACCGCAAGAAGCGUGCUGCCAAGAAGGAGCGGGAAGCGUCUUCGGGUUCGCCUACUCCCCAAGCGACGCCUCCCCCAACACAGCAAGCGGGUCUGGUUGUUGGCGGUGUAAUUUCUUUAGAAGAGAAGAAAAUUCGCUCUUUGCUCAAGAAGUUGCGGGCAAUUGAGGUACUUAAGAUGAAGCAAGCUAAUGGCGAGCCUUUGGAGGACACCCAGGUCAGCAAGAUCAACAAGGAGGAUGAUAUUAGAAAUGAGCUUAUAUCUCUUGGUUGGAAUGAUGAGUAG